GGUGCGUGAGCCGUGCUGUGAGCUCCGCUGCCUGUCCUGUGGGAGAGUGCAGCCGAGGUCGGAAGCCACGCCAUGGACUCAGUGACCUUUGAGGAUGUGGCUGUAAACUUCACCCAGGAAGAGUGGACCUUACUGGAUCCUUCUCAGAAGAACCUAUACAUUAAUGUGAUGCUGGAAACCUGCAGCAACCUUGCUUCUGUGGGAAUCAAAUCAGAAUACCAGACCAUUGAAGAUCAGUAUAAACAACCUGGGAAAAAUAUAAGGAACAUCCUAACCCUCACCGGAUACACUCGAUAUGAGCUUGAGGACUGUGGGAAGAAGCGAUCUCACACCAGUCCUCUCACAACUGUUCACAUAUACAUGGGAACCCACACUGCGAGCAAAACUUAUGGAUACGACAUAUAUUCAAAACCCGUUGGUGUUCCAAGCUCAGGUGGCACUCGUAAGCAAAUUCAGAGUGGAGAGCAGCCCCAUGAAUACAGUAUAAAUGAAACAGCCUUUAUUUGCCCCAGCUCAUUUUGCAUACAUGGAACAGCUCACAGCGAAGAGAACCUUUCUGAAUGUAAUCCAUGUGGUGCAACUCUGAGUUCUUUCAAUUACAUGCUGUUUUGCAGUGGAACUUGUAAUGAAGGAAGGCAUUUUGACUGUAUACAGUGUGUUAAAGCUUUCAGAUGUCACAGUUCUCUUCAAAGGCAUGAAAGAAUUUGUGCUGGGGAAAAACGGUAUGAAUGUAAACAAUGUGGCAAGUCAUUCAUUUAUCCUUAUUUACUUAAAAUGCAUGAAAGGUAUCAUACUGGAGAGAAGCCUUAUAAGUGUAAGAUAUGUGGUAAGGCAUUUCUUUGUUCCUCUUUCCUGCAAAGACAUAAAAGAACUCAUACGGGAGAAAAACCCUAUAAAUGUAAGCAAUGUGCUAAGCCCUUUAGGCGUCUCAGUAAUCUUCAAGUUCAUGAAAGAACUCACACUGGAGAGAAACCCUAUGAAUGUAAACAGUGUGGUAAAGCUCUGAGAAGCCACAGUUCCCUUCAAAGACAUAAAAUAGUCCAUGCUGGGAAGAAACCCUAUGAAUGUAAACAGUGUGGUAAGUCCUUCAUUUAUCCAUAUUUACUUCAAACCCACGAAAGAUCCCAUACUGGAGAGAAGCCUUACAAAUGUAACAUGUGCAGUAAAGCCUUUCGUUGUUCCUCUUUCCUGCAAAGACAUGAAAGAACUCACACUGGGGGAAAACCCUACGAGUGUAAGCUGUGUGGUAAGGCUUUCAAAGGGCAUAGUUCCCUUCGAUUGCAUGCAAGGUCUCACAGCGGGGAGAAACCAUAUAAAUGUAAUACAUGUAGUAAAGCCUUCCUGUGCCCCUCUUUUCUCCGAAGACAUGAAAGAACUCACACUAGGGAAAAGCCCUAUGAAUGCAAAAAGUGCAACAAAACCUUCCGAUGUCAGAGUUCUCUUCAGUUACAUGAACGAUCCCAUACCGGAGAGAAACCCUAUAAAUGUAAGAUCUGUAGUAAAGCCUUUCUAUGUAGAAGUUCCUUUCAAAGACAUAAAGUUUCUCAUGCUGGGGAAAAACCUUAUGAAUGUAAACAGUGUGGUAAGUCCUUCAUUUACCCAUGUUUACUUCAAGUUCAUGUCAGAACCCACACUGGGGAGAAACCCUAUGAGUGUAAACAGUGUGACAAGGCUUUCAGAAGUCUCAGUUACCUUCGUAUACAUGAAGGAAGUCACACCGAAGAAAAGCCCUAUGAGUGUAAAGAGUGCGGUAAAAGCCUCAGUUGCUCUAGUGCCCUGCAGUUACAUAAACGGACACACACGGGCGAGAAGCCCUAUGCGUGUCAGCAGUGCGGGAAAGCCUUCAGGGGAUUCAGUUAUCUUCGAGUCCAUGAAAGGACUCACACUGAAGACAAACCCUAUGAGUGCAAGCAGUGUGGGAAAAUUCUCAGUUGCUCGAGCUCCCUUCAGCUGCACGAAAGAACCCACACUGGGGAAAAGCCCUAUGCGUGUCAGCAGUGCGGGAAAGCCUUCAGAGGUCUCAGCCGUCUCCGAGUCCACGAAAUAAUCCAUACCGGAGAAAAACCCCAUGAAUGUAAACUCUGCGGUAAAGCUUUCAGGUAUCAUAGUUUACUUCGCGUCCACGAAAGGACCCACACUGGUGAAAAGCCGUAUGCUUGUAAACAAUGCAGUAAAGCCUUCAAAAGCCUCAGUAACCUUCGAAUACAUGAAAAAACUCACAGUGGAUUCUAUGAGUGCAAACAGUGUGGCAAGACUCUCAGUUCUUCCAACUCCCUCCAAGUACAUGAAAGGGUCCACAGUGGAAAAAAAUCUCACGAAUGCAAACAGUGCGGAAAAACCUUCCGCCGGCUCAGUAAUCUCCAGGUACAUGAAAAAACUCACGCUGAAGGGAAGCCCUUUGAGUGUAAGCAAUGUGGUAAGACCUUCCUUUAUCAGUACUUACUUGAAAAGCAUGAGAAGUCCCACAGUGCAGAAAAGCCCUAUAAAUGUAUGAUCUGCAGUAAAGCCUUUAUUUGUCCCUCCUUCCUUCAACGCCAUGAAAGGAUUCAUAGUGCGGUAAGACCCUACGAGUGUGUGCAGUGUGGUAAAGCGUUUAAAGGCCUCAGUUCCCUUCAGUUACACGAAAGAGCCCAUGCCAGAGAGAAGCGUUAUGACUGUACGCAGUGUGGUAAAACCUUCAGAUGUCACAGUCUCCUCCAGGCGCAUGAAAGAACCCAUACUGGGGAAAAACCCUAUGAAUGUGCAGAGUGUGGCAAAACCUUCAAAAGUGCGGGUUACCUUCGGAUACAUGAAAAAACUCACAGUGGCUUCUAUGAGUGCAAACAGUGUGGCAAGAUUCUCAGUUGCUCAAGUUCUCUUCAGUUACAUGAAAGAACCCACACUGGAGAAAAGCCCUACGGAUGUAAGCAAUGUGGUAAGGCCUUCAGAAGUCAAAGUUCCCUCAGAAGACAUGAAAGGAUUCACGCCGGAGAGAAACCCUAUGAAUGUAAACAGUGUGGUAAGUCCUUCAUUUAUCCAUGCUACCUUCAAAUGCACGAGAGAUCUCACACUGGAGAGAAACUCUAUAAAUGUAAUAUAUGUAGUAAAACGUUUCUUUAUCCCUGUUUCCUUCAAAUGCAUGAAAGAACUCAUACUGGUGAAAAACCUUAUAAAUGUAAGCAAUGUGAUAAAGCCUUCCGAAGUCACAGUUCCCUUCAAAUGCAUGAAAAAACGCAUACAGGAGAAAAACCCUAUGAAUGUAAGCAGUGUGGUAAAGUUUUGAUAAGUCAUAGUUCUCUUCAGAGGCAUAAAAUAGCUCACGCUGGGGGAAAACUUUAUGAAUGUAAACAAUGUAGUAAGUCCUUCACUUACCCAUAUUUACUUCAAAUUCAUGAAAGAUCUCACACUGGAGAGAAACCCUAUGAGUGCAAAGACUGUAGUAAAGCCUUUACGUGUUACCGUUCCCUUCAGAGACAUGGAAAAACUCACACCUGUGGGAAAAUCUCUGUAAAUGCAGACUAACAUGCGAGAAUGUUUAGAGUUUCUAGUUCUCUCCAAAUGUGUGGAAAUACUGGGAAAAGAGCUGAUGAAUGUAAAACAAAUAGUGGUUUGUUGUUGUUGUUGUCAUUGUCGUUGCUAUGGAAAGUUUGGAAUUAUUCACUGAGGGAAAAACAAAACAAAACAAAAACCUAUGAAUCUAACCGAUGU